AUGCAAAAAGCGACACCGCACGAAGGAUUGGAUUCGAAAGAAUUCUGGGACAGGCUGGAGGCGAAUCAGGAGCAUGAGAAAAGAAUGCGAAUGUUGAAGAUGGAAAUGGAAGCAUCAGAGUUUGGGGCAGCAUGUGGAAUAAUGGGUCGGAUCGAAGGUGGUUUGAGGAGGUCAUAUGAUUCAAUUGAAAGUAAUGAUGAGUCUCCCAGUGCGCGCAAGCUUCGAUUAAUCCAACAAAGAGAAGUGCUUGUCGACAAAGUUGAGAUGACGUCAGCUGAGAACUUCAUAGAUCUUAGUUCUGAUAGUUCCGACGAUGAUGAGCUUGACAUUCCAGAAAUCAAACAGUUCAUUCGAAAGAGCACACCGAUUGGUGAUGAACACGAUUCCAUUAUAUCAGUAUUGAAAAACAACUGUUCAAGAUUACUCUCGCAAUGGCCAUCAUUAACACAAAAGGCUGCAGUAAAUCUCGCAAAAUCAUCAAUUUUAAAUAUUGCAAAUCAAAAUAAGACCAGUUGCAUGAGAUAG